CGUAGUUUUACUGCUUUAGAGUCUCCUUGCAAUGGCUGCCAGCUAGUAGCAUCAAAACUAUUCAGUGAAGAUACUAUGCUUGAAACAAAAGCAAGCUGAUACCAUAUGACAUAGUCUCUUUAUGUCCUCUGCAUCUUCGUUUUCAUUGUAUAUACUAUAUCUGCUACCGAGAUAUCCCGGUGACCUCUAUAUGUCCUCUACAGCAGACACCGUAGAGAAGAAGCAUGAUUGCUAGUACCGGCUCCAGCGGGCUGUAUAAAGCCCCAUUGUCCAAAGGUUUUUUACUUGUUCCAAGUGCAUUAUCUGUUUUACUGGCACUCGUUUUUCAACACUACCAGACAUUUUUUGUAUAUAACUUGCAAGCAAUAAAAGAAGAUUUUCACUUAUGGAGACUGAUAUCUGGAAGAGUCAUUUGCCUGGAUUUGAAAGACACAUUUUGUAGCAGUCUACUUAUGUAUAAUUUUAGAACACUGGAAAGAAGAUUUGGAAGCCGGAAAUUUACAUCAUUUUUGCUGGGCUCUUGGAUACUCUCAGCUCUUUUUGAUCUUGUGCUACUUCAAAUUGUGGAGUUUGUGAGUGAUACAACUGUCAGCACACUGCCUUCUGGAUUUUUAGCUCCUGUUUUUGCCCUUUUUGUGCCAUUUUACUGCACCGUUCCAAGAGUGCAACUUGCCAAUAUCCUUGGAUGGUUUCCUAUUACAAAUAAAACGUUGGUUUACAUCAUGGGGCUGCAGCUUUUGACAUCAAGCCCAUAUAUGUUAGUUAUUGCAGCAAGUGGACUAAUCUCAGGACUUUGUUAUGAAAAGGAUGUGCUAAAGGUCCGGCAGAUUCUUUGUGUUCCCCGUUGGGUUGCGGAAAUGUUUUCACAGACUCUUGAACCAAUAUUCUCAACUGUGGAGCCUGUCAGCGAAGCGCGUGUUGGAAUGGGUGCAACAAUUGACAUUCAAAGACAACAGCGAAUUGAGCUACUAGAUCAACAAAUCCUGCUUUCCCAAUUUGCUCAGUUAGGAAGAAGACAGCAGCAACAGGGAGGGCUUUUCAACUGGAAUAGCCUUUUCCACCCAUUGCGACAGAGGCAUAAUGUGAAUCAAGCUGAGCCGCAGGCUCCCCCUCCUCCAGCAUCUGAACAGCAGGUUGCACAGCUGAUGGAGAUGGGGUUUUCCAGAGCAGAUGUUUUAACGGCUCUGAGGGCUUCAAAUAAUGACAUGAAUGUCGCCACUAACUUUUUAUUACAACGGUGAUAUUAUGCUCAUAGGUGCUGUGAUACAAUGUUUUAUAAGUGUUAUAUCCAAAGAUUAUUUUUUUUCCUUUUUUUUCCUUUUUUUACAGAAUGCGCAAACUAAGCCCUGAUAAUUUACCUACUUUUUACACCUCCAGUUCAAUUUUACACAAUGCAUUGCACUAAGUAACUGGAUACAACUCAUUUGGUUCCUGUGUAGACAAUACAGACAUGUUUAGAUUUUUCCAAUUCUUUUUUUUUACGUUACACUUCAGUCUGAUAUCAUUGGUUAUAGUAUUUCCUUUUACUUGUAAUUUAAAAAAGAUGAUUAUUGGCUAUGAAAAUGACACCAUUUGUUUGUCAACUUUCUAAUUAUUUCUAAUUAUUAAAGUAUCACUAGUACGCACAUCUCUAUUUAGCAAAAAAAAAGAAAAUCAAAGAA